CUCUAGAGGCUCGUGCCCCGAAGUCGGAGUUUGACGGGUGCCCUCGAAUAGCGGGUCACCUAGAGUGGCCCGAGGUGGUGGGACAGUCUCCUUCCGGGCAAAAGAAAAGGGAGAGGGAUGGGACGGGUCGGAGCUAGAGGAGAACCGGAGCCCUCUGCUUAAUCCCUUCUUUAUUUUUUCGGGGUCUGUGAAGAGAAUCGGGAGCGCGACUAGCUGCGGCGGUGCCAGGAGCGCGGGCGCGAGUCCGCGCGAGGAGGCGGAGCCUGGGCGGAGGUAGAGCGCGCGCGUGGGCGGGACUAGGGGCUGCGCGUGCGGCGGGUACGAUCCAGACAGCUGGGGCCCGCUGUUGUUCCCGGCUCGCUCCGCAGCCGCCUGGGCCACCGCCCCCGCCCCCGCCCCGACUGUCAGUCAGUUAGUCUGGGAGGGAGGCAGGGAAGGAGAGGAGCUGAGGAGCGGUCGCCGUUGCCGCGUCAGUGAUCCGCGCUCUGCCGCUGCGGCAGGUGCCCGAGCCACUCGCUCACUGCCCGAUGCCCUGCGGGGAUACAGGGGCGCCCACAGCCCGGUGAGCAGCCACCCCAUUUUGCCUCCGCCCUCGCCGCCAUGGGGGACGGCACCGUGGGGGACAUGAAUUCCAACCUGCCCAGCGCUCCCUACCUCACUGGAGACCCGCAGCUGGACACCGCCGUGGGCCAGUGGCUCCGCUGGGACAAGAAUCCCAAGACAAAAGAACAAAUUGAAAAUCUCUUACGAAAUGGAAUGAAUAAGGAGCUAAGAGAUCGACUUUGCUGCAGGAUGACUUUUGGCACUGCUGGGCUUCGUUCUGCCAUGGGAGCAGGAUUUUGCUAUAUUAAUGACCUUACAGUGAUCCAGUCAACACAGGGAAUGUACAAAUACCUUGAAAGAUGUUUUUCAGACUUAAAGCAGAGAGGCUUUGUUGUCGGCUAUGACACCAGGGGUCAGGUGACCAGCAGCUGCAGCAGUCAAAGGCUUGCAAAACUAACUGCUGCAGUUUUGCUGUCCAAAGGAGUACCUGUGUAUUUGUUUUCAAGAUAUGUUCCUACACCUUUUGUGCCCUAUGCUGUUCAGGAACUGAAAGCAGUUGCAGGUGUGAUGAUUACUGCCUCCCAUAACCGUAAGGAAGACAAUGGAUAUAAGGUAUACUGGGAAACAGGUGCUCAGAUCACAUCUCCUCAUGAUAAAGAGAUCCUAAAAUGUAUAGAAGAAAGUGUCGAGCCCUGGAUUGAUUCCUGGAAUGAAAAUCUAGUGGACACCAGCCCCCUGAAGCGAGAUCCUCUGCAGGAUAUUUGCACACGUUACAUGGAAGAUCUGAAAAAGAUCUGCUUUCACAGAGAACUGAACUUAAAGACAAGCUUGAAAUUUGUCCAUACAUCAUUUCAUGGAGUUGGUCAUGAUUAUGUACAAUUGGCUUUUAAAGUGUUUGGAUUUAAGCCUCCAAUUCCAGUACCAGAACAACAGGAUCCGGAUCCAGACUUUUCUACUGUUAAAUGUCCAAAUCCUGAAGAAGGAGAAUCUGUGCUGGAGUUGUCGCUGAGAUUGGCUGAGAAGGAAAAUGCCAGAGUAGUAGUUGCCACAGAUCCUGAUGCAGACAGACUGGCAGUGGCUGAACUGCAGGGGGAUGGCCGUUGGAAAGUUUUCACAGGCAAUGAGUUAGCAGCGUUGUUUGGGUGGUGGAUGUUUGAUUGCUGGAAGGAAAAUAAGUCACAGAAUGCUGAUGUGAAGAACAUUUACAUGUUAGCCACUACAGUCUCCUCCAAAAUUUUGAAGGCAAUUGCACAUAAAGAAGGAUUUCAGUUUGAAGAAACAUUACCAGGUUUUAAAUGGAUUGGAAGUAGAAUAAAGGAACUCAUGGAAAAUGGGAAAGAAGUCCUUUUUGCAUUUGAAGAGUCUAUUGGAUUUCUGUGUGGGACUUUUGUUUUGGAUAAAGAUGGAGUGAGUGCAGCUGCUGUUGUUGCUGAAAUGGCAACUUACCUAGACACCAAGAACCUAACAUUGGCACAACAGCUUACUAAAGUUUAUGAAAGAUAUGGAUAUCAUAUUUCAAAGACAUCUUAUUUCUUAUGUUAUGACCCACCUACUAUCAAACAUAUAUUUGAAAAGCUUCGCAAUUUUCAUUCUCCAAAAGAAUAUCCAAAAUUUUGUGGAGCUUUUGACAUAUUGCAUAUACGGGAUAUUACUACUGGAUAUGACAGCAGCCAACUUAAUCAGAAAUCGGUGCUGCCCGUGAGUAAAAACAGCCAAAUGAUUACAUUUACCUUUCAAAAUGGUUGUGUGGCCACACUACGGACAAGUGGAACUGAACCAAAGAUAAAGUAUUAUGCUGAGAUGUGUGCAUCCCCCGAACAGAGUGAUAUCGCCUUACUGGAAGAAGAAUUGAAGAAACUAAUUGAAGCUCUAAUUGAGAAUUUUCUUGAGCCUAGUAAGAAUGGACUGAUCUGGCGAUCUACUUAGACAUCUUCCAGGCUGUUGCUAUACAAAUGGCUCUUUGCACUGUCACGUAAAACAAAAGAUUCAAGACCUACAUUUAACUUUGUUCUUGUGUACAUUUGUCUAUUUUGGAACUCACUCCUUUAAGACCUAAAAUGAAGCAGGAUCUUUUCUUGUCAGCUAAUUUAACCAAAUUUCAUGAGUUUGAAAUAGACUUAAAUUUAGAUGCAAGUGAAAUAAUUGAAAUUUUCACUUUUUUUUUACACCAAAGUCACAUACACUGAACAUUAUAAAGCAUACUCUCUCCAGCCUUCAACUGGAAGAUCUCUGUAGAGGUCAUGCAGGAGUGAAUUUUCCUUUUGUAAUUUGACUAUGUUUACUUCAUUUGUGUCAUCUGUGUCUGAGUACAGUUCAGACAAAAAUUAGCUAAAUAUUCCAAAUGCUGUUUGUGGUUGUCAAGUUAGUUAGGGAAAUAAACCAUCAUGUUGGUGAGAAUACAACACAGUUUCUUUAGCACCCCCAUGGCACUGUUAGAGGUCUUGAUAAGUAUGUUAGAAUAGUUAGAAUUAUUAGAUUAGGACAAUAUGAUGUUAUGGCAUACGGUUAUAACACCUUUAUUUCAGGCAUUCUUCAUUGGUCGUACUUUUCCUAUGUGUAUCUUAAAAAUACUGAUGUUUAUCGAACAAUAGUGGCAAUUCUCCUGGGAAGCUUUGUUUUUGAUAGAUCUCUCAGUGCCUUCCAGGGGUUUUGGUAUGAGCUGAGAUAAUGUUCCCACAGGUUCUAGUGAUAUUUUCCCUCCCAAGCAGGAGCCAUUGAACUUGAGAAUAUAUAUAUAUCAUCAGCACCUCAUCUAUUUGAACAGUUCUUCUAGAUGGCAAAAUAGUCAAAUAGCUAGGGUGUUGUUUUAAAAAUAUCAAAUAAGGUCUUCAUAAGAAGCAGGUCUUAAAUUACAUACUACUAUUGUUUGAAAUUUCCAUGUUAAAGUUCAGUGUCAUUACAGGUGAGGAGAAUUGUGAUAUAAAGAGAGAGAUGGAAUUCCAAAUAUUCAACUAAAAAGAGAUUUAUUUCAUUUAAAAACCAUAUCUUUUCAAGCAGAUUAAUCUACUGUGAUAAAGAUAAUUCUGUUAAUGGAGUUUUUGGAAAGUAUAUUAAUUUAUUAUGGCUUCUUUAAAAUUCACUUGUUUUCUAAGAUUGUUUAAGAAAUCAGUGUGGAGAAAGUUGUUCUAAUCCAGACCCAUUAUUAUUUAAUAUAAUAUUUUAUUUCAUUCUUUUUAACACUACUAUUUAGCCAGUGCACAAAUAUGAAAGUAUUUAUUGUACUCUUUUCCUCUUCAUUAAUAUCUCUCAAAGGUUUUACAGGCAUAGAAUAUUUAAGUGAGAAGAUGGCAGGAACUAUUUUGUCCUCCCUCUCAGUGACCCAACUGUGACAUACUCAGAUAUCUCUAACUUAGUUUUCCAUUAUAGUUAAAGAGAAGUUCUUCAUCUUCAGUACUGGUUCCUUGAAAAUAAGUCACUACUCUUGUCAUCUUGGACAGCAAAUUUUUCUCUCCUUUCUAGUUUCAGUAUUUAAAUACUAAACAGCAUGGAAAUAUCAUAUAUUACAAUAUAGUCCCUGGUCUUUAACAGUUGUUAAUGUUGAACCAAACAAAGAGAAGUGAAGUAUUAUGAAACAGAAUCUUACUGGACAGUUAUCAAAAAUUUUACUUUAAAAUUAGGUUGAUUUCUCUAGUCUUUCUGAUCAGAAGAUUUGCUUUCAUUCCAAGAAGCUGUAUAUUUAGACAGUUGUCAUUGCUUAGUUUAUUUAGCAUUCUUGUGGGAGGAAAAACCUUCUAUUUUGCCCAUUGGUUUAUUCAGUGUCCUCUUGUUCUGCUUAGUUACCCUUUAUAACAUACUUAUCACAUUAAGCAUUCUAAGUAAUAAGAGUUAAAGUUCCUUGAACUAAUAGGCCCUCAAGUAAGAAAAAACAGUUCCUAGGAUUUUAGUGAUCUAACACAUGGCAUUAACUAAUCAAUCUAGUCCAACUAAAUCAUGGUUCCAGUUUGAAGUUGUUACAUCUGUUCAUAUUUAACUGAGCUCAGUUUCAAAACUGUUUCACCUCCAAUGUGAAAAAUUGUUCAUUUGUUUGCUCCUUACCUCUCCCCAACCCUGUCCUUGAAGCAGGACAUAAAUGACUUGCAUAUAGGCAAGUAACCAGAUGUAAAAGAGAACCACAUUUUUGCAUCUAAUUCAUGUUGAUAAAAGCUUUGCACUAAAUAGGAAAAAACUUGUAAAUUACUUUUUAUUUAGCUUUAUGAAUGUAUAUUGUAAUGUAGGAGAUUGUCUUUGUUGCCCAGGAACCCAUAUGAUCAAUAUUUUUUAGUAAAAAUAUGUAUUUAAGUUUCUGCAAAAUAGAGUGAAGCUAAAAAAGAUGGUUGUCUCCUUCAUUCAUUAAAGCCACAUUUAUUUUGUUCCAGUAUGAAGGGAACAAUUUUAUUUGGCCACUUCAUUAGUAUACAACAUUGAAUUCAAGGUGAAAAAUCUUUGUUGCUGGAAUUGUUAUUUAUAAAAUCAAAUAUUUUCAACUCCUUUUUACUUUAUUUUGUUUAGAUCUGUUAUUUAUGUGGGAAAUCUCUGGAUAUGGAAAUUGUUCUGCAAAUAAUCACCAAUUCAUGCAUGACUUUGUUUUAGAAAGUUGCCUGGGACAUUAUGAAGUUAAGUGGCUUGCUCAUGGUCCCACAGCUAAUUUUUGUCAGAGGAUGGACUUCAUCAGGUCUUCCUGACUAGUAUACCACACAGCCUCUAGAUUUAUUUAACUUAUACAGAUCUAAAUUCUCAAACAAUAUAAAUUCAGUAGUAACAAAGAAGAGAAGACCAUUAGGAUUACCAGAUUCAAAUACUAGAGAAUUGUCAUUAAAAAGGAUUGAUUCUUAGAUGGAAGGUAAGGGUUUUUUAAAAAAAAGUGAUUAUAUAUGUUCAUGUUGAAUGUGGAGAGAACUAGGAUCAGUAUACAGAAUUUACAAUGAGAUAAAUUUUGGCCUUAAGAAUUUCCUAACAAUUGUAUCUGUUAAAUAAUGCAGUGCUCUGCCCUUUAAGGUCGUAAGUUUCCCACUGAAGAUGUUCAUGCAGAGGUUGGAUGACCACUUGUCCUCUGUGUUGUAGGAAAGAUUCAUAUGUCUAAUGAAAGGCUGGUCUGAAGUCCAUCUAGCUUUGAAGUUCUGGGAUCCUAGACAUUGAAUUCAAGAUAUAGAUAGAUCAAGAUCUAUAGAUAGAUGUACAGCUAGCUCAAGUGUCAGACUUAAACAAUGGCAAGCUGAGUUCUCCAUACCUAGGUCUUAGACCUAGUGUUUAGCAUUUUCUUGUACAACAUAAAAGAUAGGAUAGGGAUGGAUAUGCUUUAGUUUGUAGAAGUUAGAAAGUUGUGAAGCUUGCCAAAAACUUGGGAAAGAGUCUAGAAUUCUAAGUUGGGGAGCAUAAUUUUUUAAAAUUUAUUUAAAAAUAUUAAUUGAAUAAGUCACCAGAAACAAAUAUGAGAAAGGCCAACUGGGCCAGUACAGAUAAGGAUAUACAUUUGUAGAAGAAAAGGAAGUUGUUAUAAAGGCAAGGACAAGAUGAAAAUGGGAGGUUGUGUGUAAACACAGCACAAAAAUAUAUACCAUAUUGAUUUGAAUAUAGGUCAUCCUCUUUUUUUUUUCAUUCAAACUGUAUGUGUCAAGAAAAGUCUGACUUAUAUUUACACCAGUACAGAAUAACAGUAAUAGAAGGAAGGUGAAUAGUAAUAGUUACAGAACUUGAAAUGGAAAGGUUCUCAAAGGACCUCUACUCAUGUACCUAAAAAAUCUUCAAUAUUCCUGAGAAGUGACCAUCUAGCCUUUUUAACUUCAUUUGUGUCCUAGACUCCUUGGGUAGCCCAAUGAAGCCUGUGGACAACAUCUCAGAAUGAUGCGUUUUAAAUGCAUAAAAUUAAAAUACACUCAAUUACAAAGGAAGCCAAUUAUAUUGAAAUACAAUUUAUAUGUGUGUACCACAUUUUGAACUAAGUGUAUAGACUCUAGGUUAAGCACCUCUGAUUUAGCUCCUAAACUCUUCUAAUGAUGGGGAAGCCAGAUUAUUUUACAUUAAUUUGCAUUUACUCUCCAGCUUUGUUAUGGGAAUUUAUCUCUGUUUCUAAAAUGAAAAAAUUUAGUGACAGAGAGGUCAUGGAAUUAUAGUGGAGAAACUAAAGGUGAACUCACAGUCUACUGCUUUAAGAGCAAAUAUCAGUAAGAUAAAGAGUAGAGAAUUCCUCUUUGUACUUGGUGGUCCUUUGGGAUUAUUGUAUAUAAAGUUCCACCCAGGCGCCACAACAAAGUGAAGAAUUUGAAGCAAAUGAUCAAUGUAGGAGGAAGGUAAUUUUAAAAUAAAUGGGCUUGGAAUUAAGACAUAUGAGAAAAGGUUAAAGGAAUUCCCAGUCCUCCAAUCUUAGAGAAGACUGAAGGAUAAUUUAAUAGGUCCUCAAAAAUUAGGCAGCUGUUGAUCUGAGAAAGAUGAGUAACUGUUCUCCAUUUCCAGUGAAGACAGAGCAAGAGCAAACAAAGUCAUGGAAAAGUAGCUAUGUUAUCUGAGCAAAUCACUUCCCUUCUCUAGGCCUUAGUUUUCCUAUAUUUAAAAGGAGAGAUUUGGAUUAGAUGAUUUCAUGGAUAGGAAUAAAUAAUUUUCAUUCCUAGGAAUCUGAGUUAAGGUCUGAGAGGUUUAAGUUAAGGAAGAAGAACUUCCUUCCAAGAAUUGUUAAAUGUUAGAGUGUGCAAAAAAAAAUGCAGCAAACUCUUGAAGGCUUUAAAAAGCAAGCCAUGUUUUCUUCUGAUUGAGAUUUCCUAGAGAUGGGAAUAUGAACUCCUUAUACUUUUUGUAAUUUCUGCAGGCAUUCAUUUUUGGUGGGUUUAAGCAAAAGUUUUAAGUGUUUAAAAACCCUAAUAAAUUGAUCAUUGGGUUUCAUUCUGGAUCUAGAAGAUAAUAUUGCAAAUGUUUUCCCCAGUUUUGAAUAAAGAACCCAGCAACAAGUAAAGAUAUUCUUAAACUUCACCUUUCAUUCAUCCUGCCAUAAUGACCUGGAUACAGUCCUUUUCAUUUUAAGGAAUGUCCAGAGCUUUUCUGUUUGUUUAUUUGUUUUUACACAUAAAAUAUUUACCAUAUAGAUGUAAGAACUUUGUCAAAUCCAGAAGUUUUGAGAAAUUGGAGACUUGGAAAUGUUAUUUCAGGAAAUGAAUCCUUGUUUCUUAAUCAGUAUAUAUUUCUGGGAUGUCAAUGACUAAUGAAACAUCAUUUUUAGGUGAAGGACAUGCUAAUUUUAAAAAUGAUUUACUCUGCAAAGUGCUACUAUCAAUGUUUACUACAAAUGCUUUCUAUUCAUGUUGAUAAUGCUUGAAACAUCCAUAUGAUUCCAUUUAGAAAAAUUUCCUUUUGCUGUUUUCUACCUCCUUUCUCCCUCCCCCCAUUCUACAUGUUGCUACCAUGAAAAGAUAACAUCCUAUUACCUUAUUGAAGCUCAUUUGUGAACUGUUUGUUUUGCUACCAUCAAAAAAACUAUUCGUGGGGACAAAAAUUUGAACCUGUUCAGAACUUAUUUGGGUUUGAAUACUGUUAAUUUCCUAUGGGUUUUUCGAAAUUCAUAUUUUUGGAAAUUAUGUUGAGAAUCUGAUAGGGAAACAAUGGUUUCCACCUAAAACAAUGACUGUUUGAAUAUUUGAUUUUAGUUAGGUUUUUUUCACUACUAUUGAUCCAAGGAUUUAAAAAUAUUCAUAAUAAAUCUUUGUUCUUUGUCCUUAAACCUCAAAGUACUGGACAGAGAGAAAAAGUCAGAAGUCAAAGAUUUUUCUCUCUGCCUCUCUAAAUAGCACAGCUAUUCUCCCACCCCUAAUCUGUCUUAGUUUUCAAAAAGUCUUAUUUACUUCAAAAGUUGCCAUUCUGUUAUCUUGGUCAGGAAACUUUCUUCCUCUUUCUAGUUUCAGUACUAGAAACAAGGCGGUAUAAUGGAAAAGCAUUGGACUGGGAACCUCAAAACAUGGGUCCUUGUCUUGCCUCAUAAUUUGUGGUGUAACUUGGGCAAUUCUCCACAUCUUGGUUGGUUUACUUAUCUGCAAAGGAUGGGGAGACUGAGCUCUUAAAAGAUCUCCUUAGUUCUGUUACCAACAAUAUCCCCAUGGCAUUUAAUACUUGAGUCAUAUAAAGUUAUUGAAGCAUGUGAGGUGCCAUGUUCAGCCCUCAAGGAACCAUCAUUCUUUUAGGUAUGGAUCAAACUCUGUUGUACAAUUAUUACUUAAUGGUAUUUUGAUAUAUUAAUUGGCUCAUUACCUGCCUAAUCCUAUGAUAUUACUCAACAUUGCAAUUGUAUAGCACCUAUAGAAAUUAAAAGCAAUAGGGAUUCUCUUUGCCAAAUUUAUUCAAAUGAUAUUUUCAGUGUCUUUUUUUUACACAGCCAACAGAGCAUUCCCACCAUUGCAAGGUAGAUAGAACACCAAUUAUCAUCCUUGUUUUUAUAGCUGAAGAGCCGACGCUUAGAGAAAUAAACUAAAGCAUAGAAAUAAAAAUUCAUUUAAAAGGCUUAGAGGAAUAAAGCUGGCCACAAUCACCCAGCUCCUCAGCAUCAGAGCCAUGAGUUCCAGAGGCCUGGCUCAAAGUCCACUGCUCUUUCCAUUAUACCAUGCUGCCUUUCCAUUCCUAUUUGGAUAAUAGUACAUUGUCUUUGAUACUUGCUAUAUGCAACUCUAAUAAUUAAAUUACAUUUAUAUAGUGAUUUAUUGUUUACAAAGUACUUUAUGAUCUGAUUUUAUUAUCUAAAUAAGCCUGUGAAAUGGGCAGGAUAAAUGUCUUCAUUUUGCAUAUGAAGAACUUGAGGCUCAGAGAGAUCAAAUAGAUUGCUCUCUAGGCAACCUUGGGACUCAAAGUUUGGUUGGUCCUUUGACUAAAUCCAGGUUUUUGUGCUGUACCACCUACCUCCCAGUUCCAGCAGCAUUUAGGAGAGAAUUUUGCCCUCCAUUUGUUGAACUGAACUAACUAGCUAAGCUUCAAAGAUUCUACCUACACCCAAAGUAUUAUCUGAGAAGCUCACUCAGAAGCUGAGUAAUAAGAGUAAUGAGUUUGGUUGUUAGGUUUAGAAAAGUCAUGAUUUCCAGAGAAAUAUAGAUCUGCAAAAUGUCUAAAAACCUCUUAGCAGCAACAAAUUAUGGUGGAAAGACAUUAGACCAGGAGACCUGGGUUCUAGUUCUGGUCCUUUUUUUUUAUGACAUUGGAGAAACUAGUUUUCCACUUGGGACCUCAGUUUCCUCCACUGUGAAAUCAGAGAACUGGCCUGGGUGAACUUGAACUCAAAAGUCCAUUUCAUUGUCAUCAUUCAACGAUUGUCUUAACACUCCCUCAGUCUACAUUUUAAGGGUAAAGUAAGUGAAGGAUCAAUUGCUAUUGGAGCUAGAGUUGAUCCCAUAAAGAAUUCCCUUCUUAAAUCUGCAGCAAACUCUCCCAAGGGAGUCAUAACUUAUGGAACCUCUUAUGUCGUAUAGAAAGAUGUAUCUGAUGAGACAUGCUCAAACUGAUAGCAUGGGUAAUGUUUACAGAAACCCCAGAUGCUCUUCCAGGCAUAACCGCACACCCUCUUGCUUUGUUCUAUUGUAUGUUAGGGGAUUACAUGCACUGUUACAAAAGAAGCAUCAUUUUCCUUAUUAGGUGUGUGAUGAUAAAAGGUUUGCACCAGGGGACUGAAAUGAGAAGCGUGACUUUGUUUAAACCACCUUAACUCCAUCAGGUCAGCACCUUUGUUGCAGAUGAUUUCCCUAUUGUGAGACCAGGGUGUGUUAUCAAUAUUGCUUGUGAAAAUUUGCACUUUUUCUUAAGCAUUUGUGUAAGGAUUAUUUUCGUGGUUUUAGCUGAAUAAAGUGUUGUUAGUAAUAAACUGUUCUCUUCCUA